AUGCGUAUCCCUACUGUCGUUAGGCAACACCUUCCUGCGUUCAGAUGUUUGGAGGCAGUCUGUUGGGCUGUCCUUAGACUUACGUGUUUAAGGCCCGUGUCCCAGUCGGCUGUUUUCCAGGAUGCGUUCACUAUACCUACUGUCGUUAGGCAACACCUUCCUGCGUUCAGAUGUUUGGAGGCAAUGUUUGAAUCCACCAUAAUAAAAUAUCUUGAUACGGUAAAAAGUAAAGAUUGGUCGAUCCUUGGAAUUUUAGAAUUUUCACGAUCAAACUCGAAAUUAUCUAUAGCUACAAUCAAUGAUUUCAAGGAGGAUUUGCAUGCAAUACUAUGUAGCUAUAAGGAUAAAUGCAAUGUUCACGUACUUGCUAAAAACAAAGUGGCGAAAAUUUUAUCGAAAUUUGAUUCUUCAUUCUUCACUGCCGAAGUGAAGCAAUUCAUCAAAGAUCUUGAGUAUCACGAAGAAGCGCGAAUAAACGUAACAUCAACUUACACUGCCACAGUAUUAAGGGAUCAACAAGAAAGCCAAAUACUUAUUGAUCAAUUACGAGAAACAUCCUCAGAAAAGGAAAAGGAACGUCAAAAAAUUUCUAGACCACUUGAUGCGGAAGAAGAUGAUGACCAUUCGUACAAACGUCAAUGUAAAGACGAAGGACUAUCAGAUUUGAUCGAGGUUUUAGAUGAUGAAGAACUCUUUGUUGAAUGGGAGUUUGAUGCACCGAAACCAAGUUGGCUGGAUAAAAUAGCACACGAGCGUGAUUCAUUAAUUUACAAUGCUUUUAAUUGUAAUGAUAAAAUGACUCAAUAUGAAUCGUCAUUAAAUCCAAUCUGGUGGAGGAUUAUUGAUAUAUCUGAUCCAGAGAUCGGGACCCUUAUGUCGGAAAAUGAAUUGUCAGAAUUGAUUGCAAAGUUUUCAUCCCUUCUAGAAGACUGGACCACAUUAGAACCAAAAGCGGAAAGUUGCUUACAGUCUCUCGAAAAGCUUGACAACGAUCAACUCCGCACUAUUGGAGAAAUAAUAAGACCUAAAGGAACACAUGGUGCGAUUCUCGAGCUUCAAAAAUUAUUGGAAAAUAUAAAGGAACAGAAAGCGCCAGAAUCGGAUAAUUUAUUUGAAAACGAAAAAGAUAAUGAAACGGAUCAGCAUAAAGAGAUUCCACCAUUGACUCCCGACGAUUGGAUUACUCAACGACCAAAUACUGAACGCGACAUUGAUGUAUUUAUAAAACGGCACAUUUUCUCUUGUUUCGAUACUAUUCUGGAUAGUCACUUUGGCGAGAUGGUAUCUAGGUCUUCCCGAAAUCGCCGAGCAGAGGCAAUAAAUGCAUCAACUAAUGCAGAAGGUUACCACUUGGACUGGAUGUUCACGAGGCACGACUUAGGAAGAGAGUUAUGCUGGGGUCGCGAGUUUUCCCUUUGUGAGCGUACGGGAUCAAAAAUUGAAAACACACCUAAGAUUUUUUCAAACUCACUUAAAGUACAGAAGACAUUACGCGACAUGCACCAAACUUUAAUUAAGACAAUAUUUGCCGAGGGUGGGGGAACACUUUCGAAACCAGUUCUUGAAGCAAGCACAAAGCUUUUAAUGCCCGGAUUUUUAUCCUCUUAUUUUUUUAUGCGUGCAAUUCUGAUUAUAUAUAUUGGUGGCGGAUUUUAUGCGUCCGUAAAUUUAUCCGAAUUUUAUAUCCCAAUAAAAUAUCAAGAACUUGAGUUCCUCAUUAAAAUGUCACGAAUAAUGCUCCAAAUAAAGAAAUUAUUAUCAAUUUCUAUUUCACGAUUUAAGCAAAUGAAAACCAGGGCUGAAAAAGAGAAAUUUGCACUUGGAAAGGUGACAAUGCCUACUAGGCAGAGUGAAUACAGAUCCUUCCAAAAACCGAGGGUCCCGAAAGAUUGCCCAGAAACUGACCUAAUUCUUGAGUAG